UAGGAUAAAGCUGGUGGUUAGUUAGGAUGAUGAUGAUGAUGAUGGUGAUGAUGCUAUUAGAAACCACUCAGUUUAAGGACCCUGCAUUGUCUAACCUCAGAUUUCAGUGUUGUGCUCUGCACUCGGGGUUUCUGGGAAACCUUGGUCGUGCCAGAAAAUGAAACUGAAAGUGGAUGAAAACUAAAGCACGGUUACCUCGGCGUGCGGGUCAUUCCGGGACAACUGGUGGUGGGAAAUGGCAGGCAAUACAGCAACAAUCGGCAAAUUCGUUGCUUUAAUUUUAGCAGUUUGCGUCGACCUUUCCUUGUUUUACGCGUCGGGAUUUGUGGUGACUCGCAGCGUCUUCGGGCAUCUUGCGCGUCUCUGGGUUUGUGCGGCUCUCCGGUUCUUGGCACUAACUGCUGUAACUCUGUUCACCCUCGGGGACCUCAAACUGCCGCUGAUUCGCUUUAUAACGGCGCACAGUCUGCUGCCCGCGGUGUUGGAGACCGGCACCGAAGCGCUUUACCAUGAGGAGACACAGUGCGGCCUCCAGGCGGAUGUGCGCUGCUGGCUGAUGUGUGCCGGAGCGUCGCUGGCUGCUGCACUGUUUUGGGAGAUCACCAUCCCGGACACCGACGAUGCGGCCGCCGGUGAAGAGAAGAAGCAGAAAGCCAGAGAGCUGUUUAUGAGAGUCCUGUACCUGUGCAAACCCCUCUAUAAGCUGCUGCUGGGAGGGCUUGUAUUCUUGUCGUUGGCCGUUGUCUGUGAGAUGUUCAUCCCGUACUACACUGGGAGAGUCAUUGACAUCCUCGGGAGUCAGUACCAGCCGAAUGAAUUCAUAUCUGCGCUCCUGCUCAUGGGCCUGUACUCUCUGGGAAGCUCUGUGAGUGCAGGCUGCAGAGGGGGUCUCCUACUUUGUGCUAUCAGUGCCUACACAUGCCGAGUGAAAGUCAGGCUGUUUGAGGCAUUGACCAAACAGGAAAUUGGAUUCUUUGAGACCACAAAGACAGGUGAAGUCACCUCCAGGUUGUCUAAGGACACCAACUUGAUGGGAAGAACUGUUGGUCUGAAUGUCAAUGUGCUGCUGAGGACACUCAUCAAGACACUGGGCAUGAUCUCCCUUAUGAUAAAUCUCUCAUGGAAGCUCACCUUCCUCGUGUUGAUGGAGACUCCCAUCAUCGGCCUCAUUCAGAACAUCUACGACACACACUACCAGAGGCUGUCCAUCGCAGUCCAGGACUCUGUGGCUCUGGCAAAUGAGGCUGCGAAUGAGGCAGUGUCCAGUAUUCGUGUGGUACGGAGCUUUAACACAGAAAAACAUGAGGCCGGUCGCUAUGACGGCCGCUUGAUGGACACGCACACCCUGAAGACCCGCCGGGACACUGUCAGGGCUGUUUACCUGCUCGCUCGGAGGGUGACAGGGUUGGGCAUGCAGGUCUUCAUGUUGUACUACGGCAGGCUGUUCAUCCAGAGUGGACAGAUGACCACUGGCAACCUGGUUUCCUUCAUCCUCUACCAGUCGCACCUUGGAAACAACAUCAGGACGCUCACUUACAUCUUUGGCGACAUGCUGAACUCGGUGGGGGCUGCUGGGAAAGUGUUUGAGUACCUGGACAGGAAACCUCAGGUCAGCACAGAGGGGAAACUCGAACCGGAUCAGCUGAAAGGACAUGUCAGCCUCCGCCGUCUCAGCUUCGCCUAUCCUGCGUACCCCAACAAAACAGUGCUGCAGGACUUUUCUUUGGAGCUGAAGCCAGGUCAGAUGACGGCUCUGGUGGGUCCGUCUGGAGAAGGAAAAAGCACCUGUGUGAGUCUGCUGCAGCGAUUCUAUGACCCGCAGGAUGGAGAGAUCCUAUUGGACAAUGAGCCGCUAAAAUCCUACGACCACCGUUUCCUCCACAAGAAGCUUGCAGUGGUGAACCAGGAGCCCGUGCUCUUCUCUGGCUCAAUCAGAGACAACAUUGCCUACGGGCUUGCUGACUGCUCACUGGAUGAGAUCCAGGAAGCAGCUCGCAAAGCCAACGCCCACGGCUUCAUCGAGCAGUUGGAGAGCGGCUACGACACAGAGGUGGGCGAGGGCGGCGGCCAGUUGUCCAAGAGCGAGCGGCAGAGGAUCGCCAUUGCCCGAGCUCUAGUCAGACAGCCGCAGGUCCUCAUUCUGGAUGAAAUAACCAGCUCUCUGGACACUGAGAGUGAAAAUAAGGUUCAGCAGGCCCUGGCUAGUUGUCCCAGCCUGACCGUGCUGGUCAUCGCUCACAGGCUGAAGACCAUUGAGAAGGCAGAUCAGAUCGUGGUGGUCGGUGGCGGCAGAGUUCAGGAGCGAGGGACUCACCAGGAACUGAUGGACAGGAAGGGGGGCUACUACAAGCUGAGGGAGAAGCUGUUCACUGAGGGAAGCUCCCCACAGUGACAAACUGCUGCCUCUGAGCUGAUGCCUGUCCUGUAUGGCCGUGCUGUGUGGCGCUGAUGUUAACCUGAUUAAAAUGUGAGCGAGCCAGCCGGAGUUUAUGUAAAUAUCUUGUAUAAAUAGUGAAGAUUAAUCAAUAUGGACCAAUAUGGUUGUUUAUAAAUGUCUAUAUGUUAUAAUGUGGCAUGAAAAGCACGUUCACAACUCUGUUAAUGUACAUCUGUUCUUAUUUAUUUUGUAGACUAUUGAAAUUAAAUUUGGUACUGUGAAUGAA